AUGAGUACUACAGAACGAAAAAGAUUAAUACCACCUGUUCUGAUCAACAAAAUCACGUUUGUCCUAUCUGUUACACUGCUCACAGUUUUUGUCUUUUGUGCGGUGUACAGCCCUCCAGCUUUGUUUCUCAUCUUGACAAUUUUAUUCGUUAUCCUAAUGAUAUUUCGCGUUAUAGCCUACACACGAUCAAACAAUAUCUUAUUCAUGUUGGGACCCUGUUACUUCGUUAAUGUGUACACUCUUAUUUUUAUUUGGGCAGUCCCGGAUUCGCGUCCAGUAUUUCUCGUUCUCUUUGGUUUGGCCAACUCAACCGUCUAUAGUGCAAUAAUUAUUUUCCGGAACUCUUUUGUGUUUCAUAACUAUGACAAAAUGACCUCCUGCUUUAUUCAUGUUUUACCGCCACUCAUAUCAUAUUGUGUGCGAUGGUUCCCUGAGAAUUGUUCUAACCCUUGGUGGAAAGGCUUUGUUAAUACAGAUGGAAGCACCAAUGUCUCCGUAUUCAAUCCCAUGGAUGACUGGAUCUACCUAGUUGUCAUCCCGAACGCUUUCUUCAUCGCACACACGCUACUCUACUUCAUUAUUGUGCAUGUGAUAAUCAAGCCAAAUGAAAAAUACAACGACAAUUACCGCUAUCUUCGUACAAAAUACUUUUCCAAAGUGGAUUUUUUCAAGCGCAUCCCCAAAAUAGUUCAGACGUUGAUAUGGGUGGGACUGAACAUCAUUGUCAACUUUGUUUUGAACAUGAUAUCCCUGCUGGCCUGGUGCACCUUCCUCUUUCACACCAUCAUGAUUGUAGCUAUGGUGGUGGUGAUGUCAUGGUACGGUGCCUCUUACUACCUCGACUACUUCGCCUACCUGGCCUUGCGUAAGGCUAUCGAAAAUAAUGAAGUACCCGCACCGGUAAAUUCCAAAAGCCCCACCGAGAUGGAGGAUGAGAACGACGAGGAUGAGGAAGUGGAUGAAAGUCUUAGACACAAUCUUGAAACCGCCCUUGAGGAAGACAGGGAUUCCGAUAUUGAGUCAUACAAAGUUUCCAGGCUCUUCGUUGAUCCAGGCAUUCUCCAGUCGAAUAUCUUUCACAUUCGGUGA